AUGGCCUUGAAAUUGUUGACGAGUUUCGCGACAGUCGCUGGUGUCGCAAACGCUGUGCUUUCCAACCCAGGCUCGCCCUGCGACACAAGUUGCGGCAACGUCCUCGACAGGACCACUUCCGACGACGUCGUGUGUAAACAAGACCAAGUUGAAGCAACACAGGGCGAGCUCUUCAGCACUUGCGUCGACUGUCAAUUGCAGAGCGACUACUCGUCCCACGAUGGCACAGACACCGAUUACGCCCUAUACAACUUGCGCUACGCUUCAUCGUAUUGCGUGUUUGGGUUCCCCAAUAAUGAUCAUUUAGAGAGCACUAUUUGCACACAGACCCAAGCUUGCGGACGGUUCCAAGACGCCAUUCAGUUUGGGAAUCUGACCAGAGACUUUGAAUCGUACGAGUACUGUGCCGUCUGGCCGGUGAACGAUAUCGAGCACUUCCAAUACUGUGUGGACUGUCUCCAUGGGCUGCGACAAUUCUCAGUCGCUAAUUUCGUCACCGCCCUUCAAGCCGGAUGCGAGCAGCAACCGCAGCCAGGCGUCAAUCUAGGCAUCGAUGGAGAAAUAUUUUCCUCCGUGACUGUCAACAUCACCGACCCAGAGCCUCGCGCGACCGUCAACCCUGAAUGGUUCGACCAAGGGCCCCUGAACAUAGGCGCGAUAGCUGGCAUCGUCGCUGGCGGUGUCGUGGUCCUCCUGACCGUUGCAGGAUGCUGCAUUAUCUGGCGUGGCAAGAAACGACGUCGCGCGUUCCUGCGGGACUACGACGUCAAGAAAAAGAGCUGGCCAUCGCCAAUACAAACGCACAUGAAGGAGGUCAGCGAUACGCCCUUGAGUCAGCGACCACUGCGAUCGUGGGAUGAGAGCCCAGCGAGUGCGCAGAGUGAACAGCCCUUCCCGCGGUACUUCUCGCCGUACUCGUCACAAUACAACAGUCCUGUCACUGGGAACGAUGCUGUACAGGCUUAUGGCAACGCGUGGCCUGCCUCCCAACAGCACAUGCAACAAGAGGCUCAACAGCAGAGCAUGACCAGGAACAUUGGACUAGCACUCGGUGGUAAUGAGAGCUCGCCAGCCGUCGACAAGACAAGUGACAGGGGCGAGGCAUACGAGAUGCAAUACGUGGAUAGUAAUAGGCAGGCGGGUGAUGAGAGAAUUUCCACGACGGGGUCCGAGCAGGAAUCGUACUUCACACAACAGAGGGGCAGAACUUACAGUGGCUCAUACAGGGAGUUCUCGUACAGGGGUCAGAGGAUAUGA